AUGUGCGUGCGCAAAGAAAGACUGACGACAGGAAACUCUGUAGGUGCCCAAGUGCUAAUUUCAGUUAGUGUGGUUAUUUUUGCGAGCCAGGCGGGCCAGUCCGCCGUGCCGCUGAUCAGUGCGUGGGACUUAAACUCUUUCUCCUGGAUCCAGCGCAGCACUGUCCAGGAUAUGAUGGCGUUCAUGGGCAAGACGGUCGCGGAGCGGACCUCGCCGACGCAGCGCCAGUCGAUCCAAGAGAACAACUUUACUGCGCAUGUGCACGCACGCCCGGCCGUCGACGGCGUUACCGGCGUGCUGGUCUCGGACAGCGAGUACCCCGUGCGCGUCGCAUAUUCCCUGCUAAACAAGCUCCUGGACGAGUUUAUCGUGAAGGUGCCGAAAGCCAAGUGGCAGGGACAGGUAAACCAGGUGCUCUUGAACGGCGGCGUGCCGGCCAAGGGCGAGGGAAUUCUGCGGAGCAGCGAGUUUCCUCAGGCGCAGGAAUCGCUCGCGCGCUACCAGGAUCCCCGCCAGGCGGAUGCCAUUUUGCGUGUACAGCAGGAGCUGGACGAUACCAAGAUUGUCUUGCACAAUACCAUCGACUCUGUGCUCCAGCGAGGCGAGGACCUCGAUAAGCUCGUGGAAAAGAGCGGGUCGCUCAGCCAGCAAAGCAAGAUGUUUUACAAGUCGGCUCGCAAGCAAAGUACGUAUGCACACGCGCUUACCCAGAUUCGUGCUGUGGGAUCAUGUAGCGUCGCAGAUCUGGGAAAUAUGUAG